AUGUCUAACUCGUCCAUAUUGGAACGCCUGUCCAGUCCCCCUCUGCGGUCCCCGAUACUGUCCGCGUUUCGCAGUCCGCCAGCCCGAUCGUCGACCGAAUAUCAACUCCAGGGGCUUGAUCCGAAGCCUGACUAUCCCGAGAUGUCGCGGGACUAUGGUUACGACAGCCCAAAGCAUCCCCAGCCCCCCUUUACGGACCAGUCCACCGAUGGCUGGAGCAACGAUGCGCCGAGCUCAACUGGGUCGCCGUCUACACCAAAACGGCGCGCUAUGUUCCAUGGGCCUCCUCCUCCUAUUGCCAGUUCUGUUAUGAAGAGCAAUCGAUCACAGACAAGCUCUGACGCCGGCCGAUCUCCGGGCAUCGUCGCCUCCAGCACCGCCCAACUAGGAAGCCUUCUAUUCCAUCCGCCCCGUCAACAAAGUCGCGCCCGCCCAGACUCGGCAUGGCGUGCGUUUGGUCGCAGAGAACAGGCCAUUGAGCAAGAAAUCCAGCAGCUACUUGACCUUCAGGCUACUGGAUUAAUUGCCGGCAGCGGCAGGUUGCCAGAGGAGGGGGACGACUUCAGUGGCACCGGCAGUAGCACACCAACAGGGACCUUUUACUCAACAGCAACAUCAAAAUCGAGAAUGAUCAACUCGCUCCACGUACCAGCCCGAUCCACGAAAGAGGGAAACCUCAUACCAGUGCGGCAACCCACCGGCGGUAAACCUCUCGGUCUCAGGUCAGCUAGAGCUGGCUUACGCAAGGCCAUGGCGGCACUAGUAGAACUCAAACGAGAGGAGGAUGCGCAUGUUGAUACGGCACUCUCAGAACGCAAGAAGGCUCUUAUACACCUCUCGCGGUUAUCAACGAAGCGCAACGGUGUCAGCAACGAGCUCCACGAGCUCGAAGACAAUGAAGAAGAGCCUUUGGGCAAAGAGAUUCGAGAGCUAGGAUCGAAAUAUGAUUCCCUGACGCAAGGAAUCAGGCAGCUUGAGGUGAAGCUCAUGGCAAUGCGAAACCAGCGCAAAUUUGUCAGAGAAAGGAUUGACGACGUCCAGAAUCGACGUGAUGCAGGGCUAAGUGGCUAUCGCGGUGCUCUCAAAUCCAUUGACAACGAGCUUCAAUCAAUAAUGAUGCACCCGCCGAUUCAGCCGCUCGACCCAGAGGUUUUCUGUCCUCCCGGCUCUGCUGCGAACGAAACGGAAAGCCCCGGAGGCCUGGAAUUCUUGGGUCUCAUUCCCGAACGCCGAACACCUGCCAUGGCCAAGUCAUGGUGGGAGCAGGAGCUCAGCGUACUGGACAGACGCAGACUUCAGAUCAGCAAGGAAAGGCAGGCUCUAGAGGAGGGUAGUGCCGUCUGGAGUGAGGUAACAAAACUAGUAACAAGUUUUGAAUCGAGCUUGCGGCACCUAAUGAAGAUUGGUGCGCCACAAACCCCCUCAUCAACUAAAGGAAAAGAACCCCUACUUUCACAAGAAAGUGUCAUUCACGGGCAACUGGCAAAGAUGACUGAGGUUGUCGCGCAGUUGGAGGCAUAUUUGCGUCAGGCCGAGUCUGAAGGCUGGAAUCUGCUGGUAUGCGCCGUCGGAGCUGAGCUGGAAGCAUUUCGUGAAGCCCAAGAUAUGCUUCAGGGCCUUUUUGAACAAGACGCGUUAUCGGAACCAACCUCCUCACAAAACGAUGCACAUGACAAACAACAUCAUGCAAGCGGGGACGUAGAAGAGAGCGAUAACGAAGUUCCACCGGACCUCCUGGGAUCCACUGACGGCGCAUCCCAGACCGAAAAUCUGGCCUCAGAUGAUGUGGGAGAACAUAUGGCAGAGCUCAAGAGAGUUGACAGUGAAAACGAUGUCCCGCCUGAAUUCUUGGCUGCGCUGGAUAAGGGGGAAUAG